AUGUAACACUUCAUUUUAAAAUAAAGAACGAUAUAUUACGAAGCCCAUGCGCACACAGUAAAACACACAUUCAAUAUUGAGGUUAUCCAAAUGUAACAGAAAGGUUACAGCUUAUUGUCGUGAGAGUUACUGAUUAAAACAAGUAACUGUAACGGAACACACUUUUAAGCCCAACUCUGGAUCUUUUUAGGCCACCUAAAGGACAAUAUUUAAAGCAUUAAGGUAUCAGGACAUUCUACACAGCGUAACAAGCCCAACCCCUUCAGCUUGAGAAUGAAACUGAUUGCAUUACAGACGGCUGUGAUAAGGUUUGCUCUGCUGUGUUUGUCCUCUCAGGUGUCAAGAGUCUCGUUGUAAUUCUCCACAAAGCAGAGUGAGCGGUCCAGCUGAGACAUGAGGAAUAACUGACUGCAUUGGAGUGAAAGAAAGACUAAUGAAGAAUGACCAGCAACCAGGAAUCAUCUGCGGACAUACAGGAAAUAGAGUUUGGGAGUCCUGCCCUUUCCAAACAGAGGAGGAUCAUCUACUUCUCUAGCGGUGAGACCAUGGAGGAGGAAGACAGCGAGGAGGAAGAGGAGGAAGAGGAGCGGUCAUCAGACAGGCCUCCCUUCAGAGAGCCUGCAGAGAAGUCUAGGCUGUCGUUCAGGAAUGUGGCUCUUCUGGUUGGGAGGAUUUCCCUGCUGACUUGUGAUUUCCUUGGAGAGAGACUGGCCGGGGCCCUCGGACUGAAAGCAGCCAAAUACCAGUACGCCAUCGACCAACAUCACCGAGACCACAAGACAAAAAGCAGCGGGGCGUCAGAGGACCUGAUGGAGGGAGGGGGGGAGAAGAUCUGCCUCUCCACGGGACCGGAGGGGAGUUAUUACGGAGCUGCGGGAGAGGAGCGAUGCCCGGCUGGUUCUCAGGAGAGAUGUGAUCAGAAACAAGAGGACACGAGAGAAGGGUGUUACAACAGAGCAUAUCAAGCAGAGGAGCUUCAACUGAAAUAAAACUAAGAAGGGAAAAGCAGAGGGAUGAUUUGAUGUGAAAGCCUUUGUUUAGAGUGCACUGUGUAUCAACUAAUAUAGCCCAUAAUAUAGUAUGGACCGCAGACAGAUUUUGUAAUGUUAUAACAAAAACAUAUGGGAAAAAAUAACGUGGUGCAAGCUUUCAAUUUUGUUAUGUAAUAACCAAAAAAUAAUUAGUUGGUAUACCAAAGAGAACGUUUUUAAAUGUACUUUGUUACGUUCCACCACUGGCUAUUUACAACAAGUGGAUAGAAAACAUCUAAAAUACACAUUUUGUUGCUGAUUUUAUUAAGAUUGCCAUUUUUGUAAGUAUUGUCCUUUUGUGUUUAAGUGUUAUACUCAGGGGGUUUGUCUUGUAAAUACCCAAAAUAAUUUGACAACCUUAUUUUUAAGGCACAACAGCUGGUAUACCAAAGUGAAACCCAAUGCUACGGUGGAAGAAGAACUUCCUUUUUUCCUGAAGUAAAAUUACCAAUACUAAAUUGUAAACAUUAAAGUAAAAUUCCUGCA